CGUUUUGAUUUUGCCGAUUACGAGAUGACAAACUCAAAGAGAUGCAAAUAUCAUGACCGACUGAGCCAGCUGCCCGACGCCCUAAUCUUCGAGAUAUUUUGGUUGAUGCCGAUGACAGAUGUGGUUAGGACAUCUCUUCUAUCCAAGCGCUGGAGAAACCUUUGGACCAUUACUCCCUUUCUUAAUUUCGAUAUUGUCGUGUUUGAUGAAGAUAGGCGUCGGAAAUUCGUUAAUAAGGCUUUAUUGUGCUGGAAUGGGACUAGGGUUUUGAAAUUCAAAAUUUCCGAUUCGCGAUAUUGGCUUGGUGAUUCAAUGGUUAGUGAUGUUGAUUUUUGGGUGUGGUUUGCCAAGAAAUAUGGAGUCGAAGAAUUAUCUUUACUUCUACUUGUGCUGCCCAAUAUUGCAAAUUCUGUGCCGCAAUGUCUCUACUCGUGCUCCUCUCUUAAAGAGUUAUGGCUAUAUUGUUGUAACUUGGAGAUUUCUGGGAAUGUGCAGUGGAAUCAACUCGAGAGUUUAACUUUACGUGUGGAGAAGGUCAAUACACAUAUGAUUAACCAAAUAUUGUCGGGUAGCCCUCAGUUGAGAGUAUUUGAUUUGGGAUAUAUGAACAGAGAUGGAAACUUGAGUAUCCAAUCAAAUAGUUUGAAAAAGUUGUUGAUUACCAAUUAUAAUCCUAUGAGAAGAACUGAAGUUGUGGUUUCGAAGCUAAGAAUUUGUACCCCAAAUCUUGAAGAAUUAGUACUAGGGGAUUAUUCAUACAGCAAGUGUUUGCCGAUGAAUGUAUCAUCUUUAACCUGUGUAGAUCUUGCGUUAUUCGGAUUAGAAGCAUUGGGUCAAAUUCUUCCAACCAUUCAACAUGUUGAAAACGUCAUAUUAUCGACCAACUAUAGCCCCAAGGGGCUCGGAGCUAUGAAAAUGAAUUCAUCUUUUCCUAAUGUCAAAUCUUUACAGCUUACAUGUUGUUCAUAUGACUACAAACACGUAGUAGGUGUUCUUGAGAUUUUCCCUAAGCUUGAGAGAUUAGUCCUUCAAUACCAGAAAGAAGAUGGCCACCAAGAUCACAUAGAGUCACUCAAUCUACCUGAGUCAUUUGUUUUGCAGUUGAGGACAGUGGAGGUUACUUGGGCUGAGGGCGACGACGUAUUUCCAUUGAUUGAGAUUAUACUAAAAUACGCGAGCAAGUUAGAAAAGAUUGUGUUCCGAUUAAUAGAAACCAAGUCACCUUCACCACCAUCAAAUUCUUUGUUUUCAUUGUCACAGAAGCUGCUGGGAAUGCGAAGAUCCUCAACUAACUGCACAAUUGAUCUCACCAUGCUUCCUUCAUAGAUUUUGCAAUGACCUCAUGUUUUCAUUUUUCUUUCCUUGAUUAUUUCUUUUGGAGAUUUUUGUAUGUGUUUAUUCGGAGAUUUUUUUUAUGUGUUUAUUCAAGUCACUAGAGGAAUUUUACA